AUGAAACUGCUGUGGCCAGUUCUUAUGGGCUUACUACUCUCUGGACCAAUGGUGUCAGCCCAGGAGGAGGAGGAGGAGGAAGAAGAAGUCAUGGCAGGGCCAGAGGAGGAUGCCGCAGAGGACGGGGGAGAGCUGGGGGAGCCUGUGGCAGAGAUAGGGGUACCGGAGGAGAGGCAGCCAUGUGCCAUGUGGAUAGGAGGGGUACCUGGCAUUCCUGGGCUUGCCGGGCAUCCAGGCAAAGAUGGGCAUGAUGGUCAUGAUGGUCCAAAGGGAGAGAAAGGAGAUGAAGGUGUACCAGGGGAGCCAGGAGAGCCCGGUGAGAAUGGUGCGGACGGGCCCCCAGGGCCUCGAGGGGUCUCCGGCAGCCCAGGCCUGCAGGGUGCCCGCGGGGAGAGCGCCCUGUCCUACCACUCCGCCUUCAGCGUGGGCCUCACCAGUGCCGUCCACGCCACCAACGUGCCCGUCCGCUUCAGCAAGUUCUUCCACAAUGAGCAGAACCACUACGACGACCUGAGCGGGAAGUUUCGCUGUGUUCUCCCAGGGGUCUACUUUUUCACCUACCACAUAACCGUCUACCCUAAAGACAUGAGGGUCAGCCUGUACAAGAAUGACAAAACCAUGAUAUUCACCUACGACCAGUACCAAGAAGGGAACCUAGACCAGGCCUCAGGGGCCAUCAUACUCAGGCUGAAGGCAGGGGACGAGGUGUGGCUGCAAGUCUAUGGGGAGGACAACGUCGGAGGGGUGUACGCUGACAACAACAAUGACUCCACUUUCUCUGGGUUCCUCCUGUAUCCUGAUGUACCUGCUGCCAGACGUCGACGUUGA